AUGCGACACCCUCGCAGAGAGCGAGGAUGGACGGCCAGAAGCUCCCGCGGCGAGGCUUCUGACGGCUCGCCCCGUGGAUCACGCAAGCGACUCCAAGACUGGAACUUGGGUCUCCGUGAAGGAGAUCGUCAACGAGAAUGUUCUAAGCCUUGUGUAGUUGCCCAGAGGGUCAUCCAAGCUCCAUAA